UUCCCAUUUAUGGGAACAGAAACAAAAAACUUUUACCAAUUUUAUAUAUAAUUAUUUCGGUAGCGCUUUUAUAAAUUAUCUAAUUAUUAAAAAUUAUUAGAUCCGAAAUGCUAAUGAUUUGAUUGAGACUGCAUCAGCUUCUGGCAUUAGUUUGGUCAUUGAGAACUCACAAGACGCCAGUAUGGCUGAGCAACUGAAAAAUUGGGCCGUGGAUGCCGUAGAUCCUCCGAAAAAAGGGACAUCCUACACCAUACUGCCCAAUAGGCAUGGAUAUUUAAAUCGGAAAGUUAAGCUACCACAUAUUGAUGAUGCCUCGCCACCUGUUACACCACUUAACGUGUCCUCAAAACCCAGAACUAAAGGCACCGUACCCAACGUAAGUCCAGUAAAAGAGUCGAAAAAAGCGGAUACCGUAAGGCGAACUACACCAUCUGCAAAAGUUAAAGGCAUCGAACUCUUACGAUCUACGCCACCUGUGAGCUUAGAAUUACCACCAAAUAGUAGUAUGUACUUGCCGCCAAUUAAUCCAUCUGAAAGGUACCGAAAGCAUCGCGAUGACCAACAUCAAAAACCAGGCAAAUCUGGUCCUGAUCCUACGGUCAAGGAUAUCAAGAAUCUUCAGGGUCACUUUGCUGCCGAUGAUUCCAAGCCGGGGACCUCCAGGCAGGGAAGCCAUGUUCAGGGCUUGCCCAGCAGUAAAGUGAAAGAUUUAAGUUCCAGCCACCUCAGGCUUCAAAAUAAAAUUAUCAAGAAACGGCGACAACUGAGGAAGUUGACGUCAAUGCGAUCGAGGCUCAAUGUGGAAGAAGAGAUGACUCGAUUGGAACUGGAUGAGCUGGAGAAAAGUUAUCAUCGGUCGCCAACAGGACGAAGUGAGCGACAGAGUGGCGGCGCUAACAUCACAUUAUCACGAAUAGAGUCGAAAAUUCAAAACGGAAUAUCAACGGACCUUGACGCCCUUCUGAAAGCUCUUCGCGAAAAUAAUUUAACAUUUCUGAACGAAGAUCAGAAAUCGCUGGACAGUCCGAACCCAUCAGAGAGUUGUCCUCUGGUAACGGAAACGGAAAAGGGAAGUGAUGCAGACACCGCCGAAACAUAUCUAGAUAACACCUCAUCGAAGGCUUGUGAAUCUGCGAUGACUCACAUUUUUGAUAUACCUAUCCCUUGUCAGCUGAGAAACCCCCUUGCAUCCACAGCCGAGCUGAAAUACUUCAUGCCCUGUGACCAUUAUCCCACCAAUUUCGCUGUAUCGCAGCCCUCGGUCGGGUCUCCCAAGAUUUGCCAUUUAGUGUCCUCCGCACAAAGGGCACUUUACACUCGCUUCGUCAGCAAUCCGUUGGAUGUAGAAAGACUAGUCCGAAGUAAGAACGAAUCGACGGAAGUGUCCUUAAACGCGCCCAGAGCUCAGUUCUCCACCAUAGCAUGUGAGGAUAAGGAACUGCUGCGUCUGACCGUGACGAAACCGCAUGUGACCAGGAUGGAAACAGACAAGGAACUGGAUGUUUCCCGAGCACCAGUCCGUUGUCCCGAUUACAACUGCCAGCGGAUGAGCUUUGUCUCGGAUUUUAAUACCCACAUGUGGCAUAAUCAUCGAUCUUUGGCCAUGGAGUGUAUUAGGCCGGGGCACACCAAUACCUUCUUAUUGGACACCAACAUAACCCUGCUGGACAAGCCGAAGUGUCACAUGGUGUAUAUGGUGCGGGAUAAGAUUAUCGACAGCCAGGCCGAGGAUUUGAAAGAUCUGUUGCCCGUACUGCUGAUGAGUGCUCGCACCCACUGGGCGAAUUCUUUCGGUUAUUCGGAACAUUGGGAUGCCCGAGAAGUCAGCGAGGAAAAUCCCAUUCCCGAUAAAGAGUUCCUUGUUCUCUGGCUGACCGGAGUUGUUCCCCGUGAUAUGAAACUACUGGCCACCAUUUCGGUCUGGUCCACUCUGGGUCCCCAGAUGGCCGAUUGCGUUGACGUUAACACUGGUUAUAUCUACGAUAUUCGGGAACCUAGCGAAGUGGGCCGAAUCGUCCGCAGUCGGAGCUCCAUGAUCCUGCCCAUGAGCAUGAUCUCGCAAAUGACCGAUAAUGGGAGCAGAUUCCUGCCCGUUCAGGUGAAGAUUCAUUAAAGUUUUCAGUACUGUUCUAACGGAAAUACAACUUACAUACAUUUUUAUAAGAA